UAAUUUUAAUACUUCAAAUUUACCUAAUAAGAAUUAAACAGUCGCUUUUUCAGCUAAAAGCUGCAACACAACAUUAACAAACAAAUAGAUCCUCCAUCAGAAAUUAUUUUCAGAAAUCUCCACAUUUUAACAGCUAAAUUUAAAAUCUUCAACAAUGGUAGCUCGCAAAUUCCUUAUCCAACACAAUAACUCCACCUUCCCAAUCGAUUACGACACUGACGAUGCAUUCGAGGUUUUCAAUUUCCAGAUUUUCUCUCUUACUUCAGUUCCUCCUGAUCAACAGAAGAUUAUUGGAGGAGAUGAUGACCGUGUUAUAUCAAACGAAUCCGAUCUUCUUAGGGUUACUACUGAUCUUAAAUUGGUUACAAUCGAGGAAGAACGCGAGGCGCAACAAGAAUCGAAUAAUAGUAAUGCUGAACGGCUAUUGAUAGCGUCAGAUGAGGAAUUGGCACGGAGGUUGCAGGCGGAAGAAGAGGCGCUGAUGUUCGAGCAAUUUGCUGUGACUGAACAGAAUCAGCAGUUUGAGAAUAGGAUUACACCUUAUGUUACUCAAGUUCUAAUGUACGAGGACCCAGUGCGUCAAGAGGCAGCAAGAAAAACAGUUCCUAUAGAUCAGCUUGAGGAGAAAGCUUUGGUUACCCUGGCCAAGGAGGGAAUCUUUAGACCGUCAAAAAUCGAACAAGAUCAUGCUUUCCUGCUGCAGCUGCUUUUCUGGUUCAAAGAGUCAUUCAGGUGGGUAAAUGCACCUCCUUGUGAUGGUUGUGGUAAUAAUACGACUAAUCAAGGAAUGGGUACUGCACUUCCUUCUGAACUCCAAUAUGGAGCAACUCGAGUUGAGCUUUAUAGUUGCAAUCUUUGUUCAAGGAUCACUCGAUUCCCACGAUACAAUGAUCCGGUCAAGCUCGUGGAAACUCGAAGGGGGCGAUGUGGGGAGUGGGCCAAUUGCUUUACACUCUACUGUCGAGCUUUUGGCUAUGAAUCCCGUCUGAUCCUGGAUUUCACUGAUCAUGUUUGGACAGAGUGCUUCUCUGAAUUAUUGGGAAGAUGGAUGCAUCUUGAUCCCUGUGAAGGAAUAUAUGACAAACCGUUGCUAUAUGAAAAGGGGUGGAAUAAGAAACUGAAUUAUGUUUUUGCAAUAUCAAAAGAUGGAGUUUGUGAUGUCACUAAGCGUUACACAAGGAAGUGGCUUGAGGUUUUGUCUCGACGAAACAUGAUUACGGAGUUAGAUUUAUCAGCUACUCUUACUACUAUAACAAAAAACUCCAGAAGAAAUCUUACAUUUCGAGUUCUUUCCUUGCUUGAAGACCGGGACAAGAGAGAAUUUGAAGAAAUUGAGAGAGGUUUGCAUUCCAUAGAUGAUACUGCAGUCUCUUUACCUGGAAGACAAAGUGGGGACAAAGAAUGGCGUAGUUCAAGAUUGGAAAUAGGUUCCAAUAAAGAUGGCUUCUUGAGCUCUUCUUCUUGUCCUGUUCGAGUAUGCGUGGAUGAGCAUGUGACAAAUAUUUAUAAUGCAUUUUUUCCUGUUCUUUCUCAAUUUAUUGAGAAUUCCGUGUCUAAAUCUAGAGCUCUUGAAAUACUAAAGAUCUUUAGAGGAAUUUUGGUGGAUCUGAAGAAUUCACCCUAUAAAACAAGGAGAACUUCCAUAAAUCCGUUUGUGCUUCAUGUUAUGCCUUAUCUUGAUGGGUUACUUAAUGUUACUUCAUUGAAGAGGGAGAUAGAUACAGAUGAAAAGUUGAGCAUCUGUUUGGCUGGUGACCCUGUCAAAACCUCCUUAUCGCUUCCGGUUUUGUUGGAUGCUUUGGAUGAUAUAAUACUCAAUCUUAAUGAAUGCAAGAACUUAAGUAAAGCUUCCCUUUCUUUUCCAUUGAUAAGAUUGAACAGAAUCCAUUCUGGUUCAGUUAUUGCAAGUGGUGAGGAACUUCCUUUUGGCAUAGUCAAAUCAGCAUUUGAUGGACUUCGCACAACUAAGUGGGAAGAACCAAAUGGCGCAAAAGGUUGUUGGAUUGUUUAUAGAUUACCAGACAGUCGAAUGCACGAACUAGCAGCAUAUGAUUUGAUGUCAGCCAAUGAUGCCCCAGAAAGGGAUCCCAUGGAUUGGGUUGUUGAGGGAAGUGAUGAUGGGGGAUCCAGCUGGCGCAUUUUAGAUAAACAGACUUCUCAAGUGUUUGAAAACCGGUUUCAGCGUAAAUCAUUUAGAAUCGGAUCUGAAAAUUUCCUUUGUAAUGCUUUCAGGUUCACAUUUCUGGCAGUCAAAGAUGUUCGAUCGACUUCACGACUGCAAUUGGGUAGCAUUGACCUGUAUGCAAGCAGCUCAGGUGUAUAGAGCAUAAUCAUCAAAACCAUUGAAUGAAUGCUGACCCCAACUUCACUGUGUAAUUGUGUUCAAUUAUUACUAAAAAUAAGAAACCCAUCUACAUGCCAGCUAGCUGCAGCCUAACCGUGUGGCCUCGGAGCCUUUGGAGAAUGGUAUUGUUGUCCAAUUCGUGUGAUUCCUUAUCGUAGCAAUUUUGUGUAAUAAUAAUAAUCUAAUACCAAUAGAUAGCAAGACAUGUAGAAAUAAAAUUGUACUAUUUAGGAGUAUAUAGAAAUGGGUUUUAUGAA